GUCAGCGCUAGACUGACACUAAAACCGACCAGUUUCCUCUUUAUGCGCUCUCGCCACUAUAGCCAAAUACAACACUGCUGGACUUUACUUUCCUGUUGUCUUAACUUUUCAGAACUGCUUGACAUUUUCCUAGCUACUUCCUCUCACCAACAGUGUGAACCUUUUUGAUGGGCUUGCUGUGAAACAUUUCUUUUAUCAUUUGCAUUUUCUUAAUUUUCCUCCAAAAUGCCCGAGUUCAUAUCGGUGGACGAGUUUAUCGCGGAGACUUUGGAGGACUACAGCUCUCCCACCACCUCUUCCUUCUACACCAAAAUGACAAGUUGCCGAAAUUCCGCCUACAAUAUCGAGGAGGCCUUGGACUCUGACCGUGCAAUCUUGCAGAAAAUGAAGAAAGCAGCCAAAGCAAAGCACAUAUCUGGGCAAGACCACAUUUCACAUUUGGAGUCAUACAUCAAUUCCAUGGAGAAGUUGGCUGUGAAUUUCUGCAACAACGGAGAACAGGAAGUAGCCUCUGCAUAUAAUAAGUUUGCAGAAUUCUCCAAAGAACUGCUGAUGCCAAUGAAGAACUUGUUUAAGAGCAUGUUGCACAACGUGAACUUCUUCCUGGACUCACUGGUAAAAGGGGAUCUGAAAGAGGUCAAAGGUGACCUGAAAAAGCCUUUUGACAAGGCGUGGAGAGAUUAUGAGAAUAAGUUCACUAAAAUCGAAAAGGAGAAGAGGGAACUGGCGAAGCAGUAUGGUAUGGUGCGCACAGAGGUGAGCGGAGGAGAGAUUGCAGAAGAGAUGGAGAAAGAGCGCAGGAUGUUCCAGCUACAGAUGUGUGAAUACCUUAUUAAAGUAAAUGAAAUUAAGACCAAGAAAGGAGUAGACCUGCUACAGAACCUCAUCAAACACUACCACUCCCAAUGCAAUUUCUUUCAGGAGUGUUUGGCUGCGACGGACAAGCUGAAGCAGUACAUCGAGGUCCUGACGGGACAGCUGAGUGCUAUCAAACAUAAGCAGGAUGAUGAGAAGAGACAGCUCUGUUCUCUCAGAGAUCAGCUCAGACCUGCUCUGCAGCCCGAAUUCAAAGAGGAUUCUCUAAGCAGACAGACUGUGUACAGCAUGCAUCAGCUUCAAGGCAACAAGCAAUAUGGCACAGAGAAAUCAGGCUACCUCUACAAGAGGAGUGAUGGGUUGAGGAAGAUGUGGCAGAAGAGGAAAUGUACCGUGCAGAACUGCUAUCUUACCAUCGCUCACGGAACUCCUAAUAAAUCGCCAACUAAACUGAAUCUCCUCACCUGCCAAAUUAAACCAAGUCUAGAAGACAAGAAAUGCUUUGACCUCAUCUCACAUAAUCGCACGUACCAUUUCCUGGCCGAUGAUGAGUCUGAUUGUGUGGCGUGGAUAUCAGUGCUAACAAACAGUAAGCAGGAGGCUCUGAAUGUGGCUCUGGAUGAGAAGAGGCCAAGUGGAGAGAACAGCGUUGAGGAUCUGACACGAGCCAUCACUGAGGAUAUCCGCCGCAUGCCUGGAAACAAUGUUUGCUGCGACUGUGGGGCUCCAGAUGCGUCUUGGAUCUCUAUAAACCUGGGAAUCCUGACGUGCAUUGAGUGCUCAGGGAUCCAUCGGGAAAUGGGUGUACAUUAUUCACGUAUUCAGUCGCUUUCUCUUGACAAACUAGGCACUUCAGAAUUGCUGCUGGCAAGAAACAUGGGGAAUUCGGGUUUUAAUGAAAUCGUGGAGGCCAAUCUUCCUAGUCCGUCUGUGAAGCCGUCAGCAGACAGUGACAUGGCCAUACGUAAGGACUUCAUUCUCUCAAAGUAUAUGGAAUGGCAGUUUGCACAAAAUACUGGCAGCUCACCAGAAACAAAACGCAAAUAUCUGCAGGACGCUGUGCGCAGUCGGGACGUUUUUAGCCUUUUGCAGCUCUACACUGAGAGAACAGACUUCAGCCUGCCACUGCCAUGCCCCCUACAGGAAAAGGGGGAAACUGCACUACACCUAGCCGUCCUGUUGUCUGACAGGACAUCACUUCAUGUGGCUGACUUCCUGUUCCACAACUGUAAUAACCUGGAUGCUCAGACUGUGAAGGGGAACACUGCUUUGCAUUACUGCUGUCAGCACAACAAAACCGAGUGCCUUAAACUUCUGCUCAGAGCCAAGGCCAACACACAUAUCAAGAAUGCUAAUGGAGAGAUGGGGCUGGACAUGGCUCGCAGACUGAAGCACACACUGUGUGAGGAGCUGAUCCAGCAGUCACAGAACAACCAGUUCAACAUGCACAUGCACGUGGAGUAUGAGUGGAGACUCCGGCAAGAUGACCUUUACGAGAGUGAUGACGACUUAGAUGACAAGAUGGGCCCAGUGAAGAAGGAGCGCUUCGGACGGCCGUUCAGCUUGUAUCACAGUAGCUCCGGCUCUCACGGUGGAGGAGGAAGUAGCGGAGGGGGGUUGCUCAACAUGGGUCGGAAGCUGGCCAUGGCCCGGGGAGAAAACCGGAAGGAUGUGUACGCCAGUCCCAACUCUCAGACACGCAGCGUCGACAGUCCCCCUCCACCACCCCCUUCAUCGCCCGCACCGCCACUGCCACCUCGAGUCAGAGCUCCAAACAUCCCCCCUCCUCCCCCUCCUAUGAGCUCACCUGAUGGCUGGACGUCCCAUGAAGUGAGCAGCAGUAAGAAACGAACCCCUCCUCCCCCUCUUAUCAUCCGACACAAGCGCACCUACUCUGAGCCCACCCCUCAGGUGCCCCCCAGCCCCCACUCGACACGGCAGGGACCAACAGAUUAUGCAGUACCUUCAGGUGCGAGAAGCUUCGGUGGUCCAGACUCCCCUUUCCAGAAGUGUGUCCCAGGGUCUCCCAAAUACACCACGUCCCCUCUCAACUCCUUAUCUGAGCUACCAGAACGAGCAGGAUUUCGAGCAGAUGGGGAGAGCAGCUCGUCUCACUUUCUGUACCAAACCCCACAGCCCAUCACCUCGGCCCUGUCCCCCACCUCCCUGGAGGCUAACGGCAGCUCCUCUUCCUCUGGCCACACUGCUCCUCACCCACUGCCCAGAAAAACUCUGACGAAGUCAAAGCUGAAGCGUGUUAAAGCCAUGUAUGACUGUGUGGCGGAUCAUCACGAUGAGCUCACCUUCAAUGAGGGUCAGGUUCUGGUGGUCCUCGGAGAGGAGGAUGCUGAUUGGUGGCAAGGCUACAUCGAGGGACAUCCAGACAGGAUGGGCUUAUUUCCAGCAUCGUUUGUCUCUGUGGUUGCUGAAUGAAGCUGGCCAACGGAGCUGAAAUCAUAGCACGGUCUACUCUACUGCCAAAGCACCCUGGGAAAUGAGGGGCUUGAAGUCUACCCACAGAACCAUCGGUAAUGAAGAAUCAGCAUAACAAAGCAGCACUUCACAGGACCGUCUGCAGCGCCAAGAGAGAUGGGAUAUGUGGAACACGUUGUGCUGUGCACAAAACUUCUCAUAGUUUGUGGUUGUACAGGCCCCUCAGAUAUGAGAAUCAUACCCUCCUCCGAUCCAUCCACAGACCGAUGCUCCAAAACUGCAUGUCAUGUUGAACUGAACUCAAAUCUGAGGAAUCAUAUAUGCCGGAUCAGUAUAAUGCUGAGAUUGUGCUGCUACUCAAAAAAUGGAAAACAGCUUAAAAGUACAAUCCUUUGCAACAGGGUAACUGUUUUAAAACAUAAUGAAUUCAGAAAGCGAAUUAUGAAUAUCCAGGUCAUAUUUCAACUACUUUUUAAAGAAAGUAUUUUUUCUACCAAGAAUUAGUUUUAUGACUAUUUGUUUCAACAUUUAAGCACAUUUCCCUCCAAAAUCUCAUUUAAAAAUAAAUAAAUAAUUAUAUUCUAAGUUUGAAAUCUUAUUCCCAGUACUGUAUUAAAUACUGUAAACAGCUGUUUUUUUUUUAAAGCAAGGAAUUUGUUGUAAUAAAACUGUAAUGGUCCUGAAA